GGGAUGCAGAGCGGAUAUAUGCAAAUAAGCGAUAUUGUUUUGCGGAAACGCUAGGAAUCCAGUAGGGAAUGUUACUUAUGCAAGGGCCUUGAGGACAAGAUAAAAAUUAGCCUACUGUCAGAAGGCAUCAGUGUACCAUUUUCAGUGGAUAUUGAGUCACACAUGCUACUAUGAACCUAGAAUUCAGUAUUUUUAAGCCUAUAAGUGGCUUCAAACUUUAUAUCAAGGUUGUAUGAGGUAGGUCAACCUGAAUAUUACAGAAGACGUUAAGGAUUUUACUGCCUGUACUGUGAGUGCUGCGCGGUAACUCGGUUUUUUGGCGUGCCAUACUGAUCGAGAUUUUUAGUUGAAAUAACGUGGAAAACAGUGUUUGAAUAAACACUUGGAACGAAAUUUGGCUUUUGUCAAAUUUCAUCUGAUCCAAGAUAUCUUGGGUCGACUAAAGUGGUACUGGCCAAAGCGUCUUUCUGACGCUUACUGGUAAUUUUGCGGUUGUUCUCUUUUUAAUCCCGUUUUACACCCUGUUUUGCCUUUUUAUUGCGGUAGUUUUACGGUUGUAUACGUGUUUUUAAAUUCUGCAUUGUUUUCCACUUCAAUAUGGUCGUCUCGCGAAAAACCAUCAUCAUCAUCAUCAUGGGGAGAGAUGGUGAGGCGCUGCGGAUGUGCUGAUGUUGUUGCCUUGACAGAGACAUGGCUUUCUCCGAGCGACAUGGUUAGCGACCUGCUGGUAGAUUUCGUGAGUUACCGAGUAGAUAGGCCUGAUCACCACACUGGCGGGGGAGCACUAUUGCUUAUAAAGCGCCAGUAUAGUCAUUGGGAGGCUCCGUUUAUGAUGAGUAAUACGAACGUUCAGGUGGUGUCUUGUUACUUAAGGAUGAUGGGCAGGUUGGAGAUCUUUAUAUGUGUCUACCGCAGUCCAUCGUCCACACGAGAGGAGGACAAAGAGCUCGGUGCACUAUUGAGGCGCGCAGUGGUUGCUGCGCCUAAUUUCCUAAUAGUUGGUGAUCUAAACCUCCCUCAUGCGGAUUGGCAAGGCACCGCAAACAGAGCGGAUACAUUGGAACAGGAACUGGUUGACUGGAUGCAUGAGAAUGCACUUGAACAAUACAUCAAUAUACCGACCAGGAGCCGAAUCGGGAGUGCCCCCUCCACGUUGGAUGUUGCCAUCACCAAACACGGUCGUUUCGCAGAGCUACAAGUGGAAGCACCUUUAGGUAGGAGUGAUCACUGCGUCCUCACUUUCUGCCUAAAUACCUUGAAGCCUGCACGACAUCCUCGCCUCGUGAGAAAUUUCAGCCGCAUCGACCAUAUGAAAUUGAGGGAUAGAGCCCUCCAGGUCAAUUGGAUCCCUGACCAGGAACAAGCAUCUUUGGAACAAAGGUGGUCUGUGCUUAAAACUGGUUUAGUACAACUAUUGAAUGAGUUUGCUCCUCUUCGUCCUGCGAGACAUUUCAGCAGGCCUCGAUGGUGGAGGAGGAGAAUUGAUAGAGCUCUAAAGAGACGAAAUGAGAAGUGGAAAAAAUUCACUGAGGCCAGGGGCUUUCGACGAUGGCUACAGUACACAAAAAGCCGGAAUACGGCUAUCAAGAUGCAACGGCAGGCUAAAUACUCUUAUGAGCUUCGGCUGGCUCGGUAUGCGAAAACAAAUCCAAAGUGUUACUACGGCUAUGUUCAGUCUAAAGCCUCCCUAAGAGAGGACGUUGGGUGUCUAAAUAUGGAAGAUGGCAGCCAGGCUGUGGAAGCCAGAGAUAAAGCUGAAAUGCUGCUAAGAGUCUUUCAGAAUCUGCAUAGGAGGGACAAUGGAUGUGCUGCACCAUCACAGCCACACUGUGUCAGCAGUUAUAUAAUGCAGGACAUCGUGCUGACUGCGCAAGAGGUCUUUACUGUGAUGACUAACUUGAAUCCCUUCAAAUCAGCCGGUCCUGACGAUGUACAUCCGGCAAUAGUCAAGCCACUAGCUGACAUCCUUCAACAUCCUGUUCUGGAGCUGUUCAACUUGUCGCUCCAGGAAUGCAAGUUGCCACGAGACUGGAAGGAAGCAGCCAUAGUUGCAAUUCACAAGGGUGGCUCCAAAUCGGAGCCCCUUAACUACAGACCCAUCAGUCUAACCUGUGUUCUGCUCAAGUGUUUAGAGAAGCUUAUAAGAAACCGGAUUUGUGAGCAUUUGGCGGAACACAGUCUACUUAGAGCAGAGCAGCAUGGUUUCAUUAAAAAGAAGUCGUGCCUCACUAAUCUACUGUGCUUCCUCGAUGAGAUUACUCGAUGUCUUGACUACGGGAUUCCGGUAGAGGUCUGCUAUCUUGACUUUAGCAAGGCUUUCGACUCAGUAAAUCACCGUUUCCUACUUGAAAAAUUAGCAUGGUUCGGAGUACAUCCUAGACUUCUGUCUUGGGUGUCAGAAUUCUUAUGUGGGAGAACGUUUCGAGUUAGAAUCGGUGAUGUGAGUUCUAGUGUGGGCGUGGCCUACAGUGGAGUACCCCAAGGAUCGGUGCUAGGUCCACUUUUGUUUCUUAUGUUUAUAAACGACUUGGCUCCUCUUAUUGAAGACCCCUGUUACAUCUUUGCAGAUGACUUGAAGCUAGUCAGCAGGGGCAACCGUGCAACACUGGCCAAGGAUAUCAUCAGUGUGGCAAACUGGUCGAAGCAAUGGGACUUGCCCUUGAAUGCAAGCAAGUGCCAAAUUCUGACCACUAGUAGAGACGUACUUGCAGUUCAGACUUCCUUUGGUCCCUUCCCCUUACAAUGCACUACCCAGGCACGCGAUUUAGGAGUCAUCAUGACGAGCAGCUUCAAGCCUUCGAUGCAAUGUCGAUACGCCGCCAACAAAGCGCGACGAGAAUUGUUUCGCCUCAGGAGGGCUCUGUGUAAUACCAAGCCAGAAGUGUUCCUGCCACUAUACAAAGCAGUGGUUAGGCCACACUUAGAGUAUUGUGUUCAAGCUUGGUCGCCCUAUCUCCGUGAUGAUGUUCUUUGCCUGGAGAAGAUUCAAAGACUAGCAACCAGGAUGGUUGAAGGUCAACGGGGGAAGCCGUAUGAAGAUCGCCUAAAGAGCCUGGGGUUGUUUUCCCUUGAACGGCGUAGACUGAGAGGCGAUCUGAUAGAAACAUUUAAGAUCAUGAAGGGCUUCAGUGCCAUCGUGCCCUCUGAUUUAUUUGAGCUGGCUGAUUCUGAACGCUUGCGUGGACAUCGCUUGAAGCUCAAACAACAGAGAGCUAGACUGAACGUCAGGGCUAAGUUCUUCUCAAAUCGUGUAGUGCGCAACUGGAAUAAGUUGCCUUCGGAACUAAUGGAUUGUGAGACUGUGGUUGCCUUCAAAGCAGGCCUAGACAGGUGCUGGCCGCGUAUUUUUCCGGAAUUAAUAUAAUCCUAUCCAAUUUAUUCGCAUUGUUAUCCGAUGUUGAUCCUUGUAAAAGCAAAGAUUGCUCUCGCUUUUGCUUCAUUUCUUUUUGCAGAGGCAAGGAGAGGCGAUCAAAAGUCGAAGUGCCGGGGGCUCUGGUUCGCUUACCGGUACAAGAAGCUGGACGCUCGUUAGGCGGAAGCCUGUAUCGUCCACGGAUUUUGACCUGACCUGACCUGAUCAUUACACGUUAGCUGGAGGUGGAAUACACCUCAGCUAUUGUGCCGCAAUAC